UGACGUCCAAUACCCAAUACUAUCGCGACUUGGGACUGAGUUAGGGCAGUAUGGAGAAAGUGCUUAUGUGUUGUAUUUUAUUAUUGAACGGGGGGCUGGUUUACUCACAAUUGUUGAGUACAGUUAGUAAUGUCCAUUUAGUGAACCACAUUCCAUAUAUUCUGGAGUUCAUGGGAACUGCUAUGAAGGAUGUCGAGGCUUACGGCUGGUGGAACUUGAAAAUACCGGACUAUGUGGUUGAAAUCGAUGAAGAUGUAUUCGAUUGGAAAGUCAAAGGCCACGUUGCCUUCAAAAAUGGCUUUGUCACGUCGAUCCAGAAACUUGACCUCAUUCAGAAUACCCUCCAACAGAUUUGGCGGUUUGACAACACAGACAAUACUACCAGCGUGUUUGCCCAGGCUACGCUGAGGAUGACAGAUGUGAGGUUGGGCUACGACGUCGAAGUGACGUUGGAGGAUGGCAGCCUCCACCAUUUCACAGGGAUCUUUAGACACAACCUCGUUCAGUUUCCCUUUGCGGUAAUAUAUAAUAUGUUUACUGAAGAUUAUUCCGCGACGGUGACAAUGGAUACUCUGGCAAGGAGCACGAACAAGAUGAUUUUCGCUCCUGCUACGGCUCUUACGCAAGUGCUGUCACACUCGUAUGAUGUGGCAAGCGCCGCCGAUGGCAUGGCAUCCUGGGCUGCACAAGUUUUUCAACCCAUCCUCCUCAACGUGGCUCUCAACAAGGUGGAAUUCCCUCAAAUCUGUUACAACUGCCCCGCUUAAAUAUUCGCUUCUCGU